AGGACAUUGUAAAAGAGUGUAGUGUGUGCGGUAAAACAUGUGAUUUUCUUUGGAUAACAUUUUUUUUUGUAAAUAAGAAUUCAUCAACAGAACACUUUCUUCCACUUGGUGCCAACCCUGUAUCGUUUUGUACAUUUAAAGGACUGUAAACAACUUAAAAGCGACAAAAUGUUGAAACUAAGUAGAGUCUUUUCGAAACACCUUUAUUGCCAGAACAUAGGUGCCGUCUCUGGGAUUACACAUCAUAAUCGCAGAUUACAUAUCGGCGAAACCAACGUAAUUGGAAAUGCUGUUGAUGUUAAUUCGAAAGAGUAUCAGGAAAACUUCCAACAUAUGUCCGCACUGGUAAACAAUUUGAAAGAUAUCACUCAAAAUGUUCUAAAUGGUGGCGGGCCAGAAGCCAUCAAACGGCACACAUCUAGAGGCAAGUUGUUGGCUCGUGAGAGAAUUGAUCAGUUGUUGGACAAAAAUUCCCCGUUCUUGGAACUGAGUCCACUGGCUGGACAUGAAUUAUAUGGAAAUGAAGCAGUUGCUAGCGGUGGAAUAAUAACCGGUAUAGGACGGGUAAUGGGCACUGAGUGUGUUAUUGUGGCGAACGAUGCAACCGUUAAAGGCGGUACUUAUUACCCGAUCACAGUGAAGAAGCAUCUACGAGCACAAGAAAUAGCCCAAGAGAAUCGACUGCCGUGCAUUUAUCUUGUCGAUUCGGGUGGUGCCAAUUUACCGCGACAAGCCGAAGUCUUCCCGGAUAAGUUACAUUUCGGUCGAAUUUUCUACAAUCAGGCCAACAUGUCUGCACUGGGAAUAACGCAGGUGGCGGUUGUGAUGGGAAGCUGUACGGCUGGCGGCGCCUACGUUCCGGCAAUGGCUGACGAAAGUAUCAUAGUCCGGAAACAGGGUACUAUAUUUUUGGCCGGUCCACCGCUAGUAAAAGCGGCAACUGGUGAAGUGGUUUCGGCUGAAGAUCUCGGUGGUGCAGAUCUUCAUUGUAAAACGUCUGGCGUCACGGAUCAUUAUGCUCUGGACGAUCAACAUGCUCUCGAAUUGGCUCGGCAAGUCAUUGGAAAUUUGAACCUACCAUCCAAUUACUCCAAUAGCAAUGCAAUUUUAACAUCUACUCCAAACAUUCCUAAUGCGGCUGUGAACGGAAUUGAAGAACCGAAAUUCGAUUCGAAAGAAAUCUACGGCAUCGUUGGCUCCAAUUUGACGAAGACAUUUGAUGUGCGCGAAGUAAUUGCUCGAUUAUUCGAUGGAAGUCGAUUCACGGAAUUCAAGAAAAUGUACGGCGAAACUUUGGUCUGCGGCUAUGCCAGACUGUACGGUAAUUUGGUCGGAGUAAUUGGUAACAAUGGUGUUCUGUUUUCUGAAAGUGCUCUGAAAGGCGCCCAUUUCAUUCAACUAUGUGCACAGCGAAACAUUCCGUUAAUUUUCCUUCAAAACAUUACCGGUUUCAUGGUAGGAAGUCAUGCGGAACGGAACGGAAUAGCUAAGAACGGCGCUAAAAUGGUCACGGCGGUUGCGUGUGCCAACGUUCCGAAAUUAACCGUUUUGAUCGGUGGUUCGUACGGUGCUGGCAAUUACGGCAUGUGCGGACGAGCCUAUUCACCCCGAUUUUUGUACAUGUGGCCGAAUUCCAAAAUUUCCGUUAUGGGCGGUCCGCAAGCGGCCGGAGUCUUGGCUCAGAUCACCGAAGAGCAAUUCAAGCGAUCGGGCAAAGAGUUUACGCAGGAGCUGUCCGAUAAAAUCACGAAACCGAUUGUCGAUCAGUUCGACAAAGAGGGGUCGGCGUAUUACAGUACGGCUAGACUGUGGGAUGACGGUAUCAUUGAUCCAGCGGACACACGAAAAGUUCUGGGAUUGAGCUUAACCGCCGCCAUGCACAACGUUGGAAAUGGUACGAAAUUCGGCAUUUUCCGAAUGUAAUGACUUCCGGUUUGUGUCGACCAUUCCGAAUGAUGUGCAUUUAUGACACGAAUAUUUUUAAAAUAUUGACCAGGACCUGCAUUUAUAAUUAUAGUUCGUAAUCAAUUGUUAAAACGAAAUUUUUACAUUGAGAAUGUAUUUUCAUAUGGAAUUUUAUUAAAACGUUCAACUACGGAAGAAUGGAUGCAUUAAUUGAAGU